AUGGAUUCCCAAAACGAUACUGAAAUUGCUGAUAUUGAACCCACUUCUUCAUCAGACACUCGGGCUUCACCCACUCAGACAUUGUCUACUCCCAGUGCUAGUACUUGCACUGGCCCUUCAGCGGCAGCGAUCCAUGUUUCUGCCCCCGCAAGAAAACCCGCAAAACUUGCAAAGCGAAAACACAAACACCGAAACUUGGGGGACUCACCACCGAGCUACCUCGAUCAGACGCCGCUCGAGAUCCUCGCUGAGAUCCUCUCGUACUGUACCUCCCCGCGAGACAUCCUUGCCCUUGCGCGGUGCAGCAAGCUGUACUGCUCUACAUUGGUCAACAACCCCGCAACAGAGUUCAUCUGGCGCAAGGCGCGUGCCCGCUGUGUGCCAGAGCCUAUCCCACACCCGACGCCAAAUUUCACGGAGGCGUCGUAUGCAGCGUUUUUGUUCGAUAAGGGAAAAUGCGAGGACCUGAAAGACUGGUUGCCGAGACUCGAGUCCACAAAUUAUGCAAUAGGAGUGCCGUCCUUGAUGGUGAGCCCUGGCAAGUUUUGGGCGCGAGAUUCGGAUUGGAAGCGUGCCGUCGACGAGUGGAAUAAAGUUCAGCUUAUUCCUGAGAGGUUGGAUGCGUACAAACGCGAGAAAGCCGCAUUAACAAAUAAGCUUCCUGUCAUUCAGGAGCAUUGUCAAAGACUACUUGUAUGGAGGGACAAUCGGCAGGCAAGGAUCAAGGACAUUACGGCAUCAAACGAAGUUAGAGCCAAGACUUUUGCCAAUCGUGAGGGCUGGCGGACGUACGACCUGCUCUCCACAAGCUAUAACGUGUUGCAUACAUCAAAAAUUCACAGCCUGGAAGUGGUCACGGACCAGGACUUCAAGUUGAUUCGAGACACAGCGGAAAAGGAAAUCAUUGCCAUAAUGGAGCAACGUGUACGUCGCGAGAAAGAAGCUGCCUACCGGCAGCGGCGUGGUGACGUCGAAGCACAUUACAAUCGCCUGAAGUCUUCCGAGAAGAAGCAGGUGCUCCCAUCCUUGCAAGAAUUCAGGAAUCUAUCCGUCAUGAAGGUUCUAGUGAACAAGUCGACUUCUGGAGACCUGGGGAUAGCUAACGAGCUGAAGAAUUCGAAGUUGGUUGACGCGCUACUCAAGGAUAACAUUGAAAAAUGGGUAGAUGGCGCAAAGGCCGCGCUUGCGGGUGUGCUUGGAUUCCCGGGCUGGAAAUCGGCGAGUAAGAAAAAGCUGCAUCCCGUCGAACGCCUCACGGCACGGUUCAGAUGCAAGAAGUGCGACAAGGUUUCGAAGAAGUACUCGGAGGAGGGGUGUCUCGACUUUGCUGGUGCCUGCGAGCACGUUUGUCCACAUUUGAGUACACAACAAAGGGCAAAGGAGACGUGGAGCGCGGAUCGGUUUGAGGCAGAUGUCCAGGCCAUCAGCACAGUUGAGAAAAUCUUGGCUCUCCAUAAGAUCGCUGCCGAAAGCCCUGACUCCACGACUGCACUUCUUAAUUCGAUGGUCACCUGUCUGGCCUGUCCCGCGCCGAUAAGUAUGAAUUUUCGGACGGCAACUCGCCAUUGUAGACGUCACUCCGAGCCGCAAUGGUCGUUAGAAGUGGGCUGCGUCUCAAAUCCUUUGGAGAUAGGCGUUACCGGUCGACUGCUUAAAACGUCAGAUGACGCCGUGCGACAGCGUGCUUUGAAAAUUUAUGGAUGCCGACAUUGUUGCGCAGUGCCAGGCGCGGUGGAGGGGGCCGGUGGGUCCGCGACAGACGCAUCUGGCUCGGUCGAGAAACGGACGGCGCGAGCCGCACAGAAGAUGGUGGCGAACAAAACCAGGUUAUACGGCUUUGAUGGACUUAAGUCUCAUGUGAAAGAAAAACACGGUAUCAUUUGCAUUGGGGACGAAGACUUCUAUCAGCAGAAAGACAACGCCGCUCACUGA